AUGGAAUGUGGUGACGCCGUCUUCCUCGACUCCAAUUCCGACGCCGUUGGAAGUAUAAAAACAAGGAGAGUGAAAGUGGUAAAGGGAGAUUCUGUUUCGGUGGGAGUGGGGGUUGGAGUUGGAGCUUCCCAGAACAAAAUUCUUGCUGACGUGACCAACUUGCAGCAACAACCAAAGCAACACGUCAAUGUUGAACACCUUCUCAAGGAAAAGGAAAUGUUAAUGAAGCUUCUUGCUAAUAGAGAUGCGAUUAUAGAAUCUUGUAAAGCUGAGCUGCAGAAGUGUCAAAACAAUUUUCAGAAACUAAGGAAGCAAAAUGCGGAACUAGCCCUCACAAAUAGUCAAAUGCUGGCGGAGCUUAAUUCAAGUAGACAGAAGCUAAGGGAACUUCAGCUUGAGCUGGGAAGCAAAAAUGGGGUACUCAAUGCUAUGAAAUUAGAAUUGACGCAAAAACAGCACACAGUUAAAUUGAAGCAUGAAACUGAUGUUAACGAGGUGAGAGCAUGUCAGAAUAAUCAGUCAUUCCAAGAAGAUGAUAGGAAGAAUGCAAAAAGGAAGAGAGUGUCUAAACCUCGAUCCUCUGCACCUGCCGUUAGUAAACAAGUCAAAUCCAUAGAAAAGGUCGACAACCACAGGUAUUGUUUGAGAAGGCAAUCUGCAGAGUUAAAAGAUGAAAAACCAGUACAAGCAGAAGAUUUGGUAGAGGUAGUUGAAGUAAAAUAUGAUAUUUCACAUCUACAAGAAAAUUUGGUCAAUGAAAGUGGACCUACAUCAUUGGGGUCCAAGGUUCAUGACGAUGCCAGAGAAGCUACAGAAUCUUCAAGACCUACUAUGACUGAACAAGUUGAUACCAAAAAUAACAUUGAAAAGAAGAGGAAUAGUAUGAGAAGACAAACUAACAGGUUCAGUCCAGAGAAUCCAGAAGCAACAGAGGACUUAUUUGAGAUAAAAGAUGCAAAAUUUAAUGUCCCCCUAUUAUCUGAUAAUAUGUCAGAAAAAUGUUGUCCAACAUCAACUACAACUUCUGAACAAGGAAACAAUGCCUGUUCAUUUGCGUCUCAGGAAACUCGCAGAUCAUCUGUUGGGCGGCCAUUGCGUCGGACUGUUGAGAAGGUUGUGUCCUACAAAGAAGCUCCACUCAACAUUAAGAUGCGUAGAGAUAAGUCGGGCAAUUUCAUAUCAAAUUCUCGCUGA